AGCUGAGAGAGGUGAGGGGAGGGGAUCACCGCGGAGCUCCUCCUCCUCCUCCAGCCGGCUGACGUCACCGCGGCUGCAGGACCGGAGCAAUUCGGCACCAAAAGCCACAGCAGCUGGGCUGCAAUCCCUGCCACCUCCUCUCCGUGCCGUGGGAAGACUCGCUGCGGCAGCCAGGAGCUUCCCGUUAUUUGUCACGGCGACAGACAUGGCCUCCGACGGCAUGGACGAGCGCUCUCCGCUGCUGUCGGCCCCCAACUCCGAGAACGUGACCCCCACGGCUCCCCCGUACCUGCAGGAUUCAAGUCCCCGAGCCGAACUACCUCCUCCUUACACAGCCAUCGCCAGCCCCGACGCUGGCGGCGUGCCCGUCAUCAACUGCCGCGUCUGCCAGUCCAUCAUCAACCUGGACGGGAAGCUGCACCAGCACGUCGUGAAGUGCACGGUCUGCAACGAAGCAACGCCCAUCAAGAACCCCCCUACAGGGAAGAAGUAUGUGAGGUGUCCCUGUAACUGCCUGCUUAUUUGUAAAGACACAUCCAGGAGGAUAGGAUGUCCUCGACCAAACUGCAGACGCAUCAUCAACCUAAGCCCGGUGAUGGUGAUCCCCGAAGAGCAGCCCGCCCAGCCGGCGCUGCCCAUCCAACCCGAGGGGAUGAGAGUGGUGUGUGGUCACUGUGGAAACACCUUCCUGUGGAUGGAGCUUCGAUUUAACACGCUAGCCAAGUGUCCACACUGCAAAAAAAUAUCGUCUGUUGGCAGUGCUCUCCCUAGGAGGCGCUGUUGUGCUUAUAUAACUAUAGGAAUGAUCUGCAUUUUCAUUGGAGUGGGUUUAACAGUCGGUACUCGGGACUUUGCCAGACGUUACAACGCCACCUACGUGUCCUGGGCGUUCGCUUACCUGCUGGGUCUCAUAUGUCUGAUACGAGCCUGCUACUGGGGGGCCAUCAAAGUCAGCUACCCAGAAAACAGCUUUGCCUAGACCGGGAACAGCUCAGCGAAGCCAGGCGUGGCCGAAAGUGCAAAUUCCUCUUUUAUUUUAUUUUAUUUUUUUCUCUCCAUAUUCUUCAGAUUAUAGAGCAGCCAGGUUGAGUGCAGAAGCAAAGUGUGGAGGAGUGUUUGCUUGGAGAAACGUAUUUGGGGGAUGUGUCUCGUCGUUUAUGGUUGGAAGGUUUUUGAUCCUGCUGUCUGACCAAAGCUGGUACAUGUUCAAACCCUGACCGAGACCUGCGGAUUACCAAGAGUGAGAAAACUUUAAAUCUGGAUUUUUCCAGAUGCUUGGAAGGAUAUUUGGUUCAAAACUCUGGUUAAAUUGAACAAUUUUGGACCUUUCUUUGUCAGCAACAAGCAGUCUCUGUCUUCAUUUUUAUAGCCAGAUCCAAAUGACACAACCCCCUCCCAUUUGCACUUCAUGUUUUAUGCAAAUAAAAUUGUUUUGCUGCUAGUAAAAUCCAGCUACUGAUAGUUGCACACUCAUACUCGACUGCAACCGCUCUGACAUAGUAUUAUGUUAUUUUAAUUCAAAAAAUGAUUGACUUUUAAACAUGAUUGUCAUUAUUUACCCAUGCGUGCCAACUUUGCUGCCCAGUUUUAGUCUUGAAAAGUUUCAGAUAAAUCCGUUUUUAUUAAAAUUUUAUUUUCGUUCUGUGCCUGCAGCUGUUAAAACCAUAUUAAAGCAAUAGCCUCUCCUGGUCAUUUUCUGAAACAGUCUUGUAAUCUGCUCUACUAUUCUCAAAGUAAUCCCAAAUAACAUGCAUGUUGCCUCCUUCCUGUCGCUGAGGUGGCGUCUUGCUCCGUUUCAGAGGUAGAUCGUGGCUGUGAAGUUCCUGGUUUUGCUCCACUGCCUGUGCGUUCGAAUGUAAACCUUCCUUCCUCCACUGAGAUCGCUGCUCUCCGACCUCCUGUGAACUCUGUGCUACAUCCCAUCUCUUUAUCUCCAGCGGAGGGCACAGUUUGAACCUUGUUUUGAAUGUGACGAUGAUGAUGAUGAAGUAGGUAAAAUUUAGAAAAUACCUUGUACAUAGUUUGAUUUCAGUAAAGGUGAGCAAAGUCAGGCGGAAGGAAAAGAUGCUUCAUGAGUCUUUUUAAAAACAAAUAAUUUAUCAAUAAAAUGUUAAAAGUA